UGAAUUGGAUGAAGAUUCAAAAUCAGCAUUGCUUAAGCAGUUUCUAGCACAAUCAGGAAGUAUAUUUAGGAUCUCUGAUCUUAUAUCACAAUUUGAUGCAGUUUUCUUAAACGGUUCUGAAUGGACAUCACAGCUUCAGAAUACAUCUUUAGACCUUUCAUUCAGGCUAAAAAUGUAUCCUUAUGUUGACAACUAUACAUUGCUUUGUCACACAUGGAAUCAAGAUCUAUCACAGUAUUCGAGACUAAGAAUAAAUCCUGCCAAACACAUUGAUAAUGUUUUCUUGUAUGUUCACAAGAAAGGACAAUUUCUGACUGAUUUGAGAAAUGGACUGUUAAACCUUCCAUCAAUUGACCACAUAGUAGAUACUGAGAUAAGCAUUAAAGUUAAAAAUCAAUUCUCAACACCAAGCACUCAAUGUAUGGAUGAAUUUUACAGUUUUGACAAAUGUGUUGAAAACUCUGUGAAUGUUAACAUGCAGAAAAAAUGCAAACCUCUCUUAUGGUAUCAACCUUAUAUAUUGUUCAAUUCCUCAAGAAAAACAAGAGAAGCUUUGAAACUGUUUCAAAGUAGUGGAGAUAACUGCCUAACACCCUGCACACAGGUUAAAGUUGACAUCAGGCUAAACCCUGUCAACUGGCUUCAUGUCCUAGUCAUACCAAAGCAUACGGAAAUGACAUAUACUCCAGGUUAUGUUAUUAAUAUUCCUUCAACCAUAGUUUACUCUGAAAUGCAAGAAAGUUACACCUUAAUUUCUUUCAUUGCUGAAUUUGGAGGCUGGGUUGGACUUCUACUGGGAAUCUCACUUCUUGGAAGUUUUAAAUAUUUAUCAAGCAAACUGUUAACUGGAGAUUGUAAAAAAGGCUUUUUAAGAUUGAUUGCAAUUUUAAAAUUAGCAUGUAUGGUAGGAGUCUUAUUUGUCCUUUUUAAAAGUGGUCAAAAGUACAUCAAUGAAGAUUCAUCCACGGAUAUCAACCUUGAGACUGAUCUCCCUGAAGUCAGUGUUUCUAUGUGUCAUGUUGAGAAUUUGUAUGCUGAGGAUUUCCUCAACUCAUCCUACUCAUACAUUGGUAAUUUGUCAGGGUUUUGGAGCAAUCUCAAUAAGAUUAGUAACAUCAUAGAACGUAUUGAUAUAACGUACCAGUAUGGAAAACUUGCAACUGCUUAUGAUUCAAAAUCCAACCAAAGUUCUGAAAAUAUGAUAUAUUCGAUCAAUACACCACAGUUUGAAACAUUUGUUGAGACUUGUCAUACAAUGGAUCUGAAACACUGGAACAGAAUCAAGUCUAUAAAAGUUAAAGCAAAGAAAGAACUAAGGGUAUUUGUUCAUCUAACCGGCCAGCUUCUUAGACCAGGGAGACAAGGCUUCAGUUUCAUUGAUACAGAUACUGUCCAUUUGUGGAGUGCAAACUAUGGAAAAGUAUUGACUCCUUGGUAUCUUUGUCAACUAGAAGUGUUAAAAGAACAGCGUAUCUUUGAUGAUGGAUACAAUGACCAUAUCACCUAUGAUGACUGUAUCUUGAAGGAAGUAGCAAGGAAGUAUCCAGAAUCAAACAUGGAGAUUUUAAAACCAGCAGAAAAUAAAAUUUACCAAAAUGGCAUGAACUUUUCAGUUGUUACCAAAUUGUCAGCUCAGUUUGAAUAUGAAGUUCAACAUGGUGCUUGCAAUAUUCCAAACCUAAAGCUUCAGACUACUUACAUUCUUAAGCAUUUGACUUCUGACUUGAAUGUAUUUAGCAUUGGGCAAACAGACCCAUUUUCAUUUAAGAUUGAAUUUUCUCCCUCAACAGUUACUAAAGAGGUUUAUGUUUCUCAAAGUAUUAUUUCUCUGAUUGGGGAAGUUGGUGGUUGGGUCGGAUUAUUACUAGGUUACAGUGUUCUGGGAUUCGGAUUUAUUAUCAAAACUAAAAUUGUUCAAAAAAACAGAAAAAUUGGGUUCAAGAUAUAUGUUUUCCUAAUUAUUGGAAUAUCUAGUGCUAUGCUCUACCAGCUCAUUUUCUCAACAAUAAAAUUGCAGAAGAAACCUACUGGAAGUACAAUAGAAUACAAGAAAUCAGAUCAUAAUCUCAACAUUUCAAUAUCCAUCUGCAGCUAUUUGAUGCACUGGCCUAAUUAUGUUACAACACAGCUUGACAGAUCUGGUUCAAUAUCUUAUAUAGAUAAACACACACAUCAAUGGAUACAGUAUCAAGACAAUGAUAUUUCAGAUGUUUUUACUUGGCAGGAAGAUAUACAAUCAUAUUAUAUGUGUAAAUCAACCAUCUUUAAAGGAGAGGAAAUAAAGAUUAAUCAUAUGCUGGAUCCAGAUUACAGUGAUGCCAUAUUUGUGCAUGAUAGUAACUUUAUCACCAGUGGUACAUCUUUACAGCUGACUGGAAAUAUGUUAAAUGGGAACAAAAUUCUUCAUUUGAAAGCUCAAGUAUUUCAAAGCAUUGAAGAGGAAAAUGUUUGCUCCGACUCUAUAAAAUUUGAUUCAUGUAGAGAUGAUUAUAUAGCUGAUGAAUUCAACAAAACUCAUGGAUGCAUCUACUUUAACAUGAAGAAUUCUGGAGAAAAGUACAAGGAAUGUGAACUUCCAGAAAUGUUCCCAGUUUCUGCUGUUGAUGAUGAAUCUUUAUCAUUUUCGGGAUUAAUGAUACUACCAUCAGGAAAAAAUGGCGGUUUUACAUUUUAG